AUGUUGCAGUUUCAUGGUGGGGGGUGGGUUAGUGGUAGUAAUGAUUCGGUGGCGAACGAUUUGUUUUGUCGGCGGAUCGCCAAGCUUUGUGAUGUGAUUGUCGUUGCGGUUGGGUAUAGGUUGGCGCCGGAGAGUAGGUAUCUGGCUGCGUUUGAGGAUGGGUUGAAGGUGUUGAAUUGGUUGGCCAAGCAGGCGAAUUUGGCCGAGUGUAGUAAAUCUAUGGGGGUUGGUGGAGGAAGCCAUGGUGGUGGUGGUGGUGGGGAGUUUAACAAGGAUAAUCAUAGGCAUAUUGUUGAUUCUUUUGGUGCUUUAGUGGUGGAGCCUUGGCUGGCUAGUCAUGGAGAUCCAACAAGGUGCAAGCCAUACAUAGCUAUGAUUUGUCUUCAAUUUGGUUUUGCUGGUAUGAAUAUAAUAACAAAAGUAUCUCUCAACCGAGGAAUGAGUCACUAUGUUCUUGUUGUUUAUAGACAUGCUUUUGCUACAGCAGCUAUUGCUCCAUUCGCUAUAGUUCUUGAGAGGAAGAUAAGGCCAAGGAUUACGUUUCUUAUGUUCAUGCAAAUGUUUGUAUUGGGACUCCUCGGGCCUGUGAUUGAUCAGAAUCUAUACUAUGCUGGGUUGAAAUUCACAUCUCCAACAUACUCUUGUGCUAUUAGCAAUAUUCUCCCUGUAAUGACUUUUGUAAUGGCUGUUAUUUUCAGCAAAUAUGAAAAGGAGUCGCCAAUGUGA